AAUGAUAUUCCUACAUUGGAAGAGAAAAAGAAGUUGUUACUUUAUAAGAGAUACUAUGUGUCAAACGUUGAGGUGAAAGAAGCAGACCCUAAAUAUUUGGUUGGCGAUUACCCCUUUAGCUGGACACUUACAAAACGUCAUUUAAUCGAGGAAGUUAAAGAGCCUCUACCUCCUCAGUUUUCUUGUCACAUUGAAAUCCAAAAAUACAAAAACCUCUUCCGAUUUGCAGAGACAGAGAAUCUACAAAACCUCUCUCUCACUACUAGAUUACCAAGUGCUAUUCUCAUAAAUCCACCAAUGAGAGAAGCUGCAACACUUAAGCAAUGGUAUGUUGACCAAAAAGAUGUCCAUAACUCAUUUGUGACAAAAGAGGCAUUUAAAGAUCCUUUGGUUGUCCUACCACCUCCAAAUGAAAAAGAUAUUAUCUCAAUCCAAGAGGCAUUGGCCACUUUAAAAGUGAACAAAUAUGCAUGGGUUCGUGGUGUUGCAUCUCUUUCCAUAAAUAAAAAAUCACUUUGGUUCAAUUGCCAGAAAGAGAUAGGUGCACCAAUAAACUGGGAUAUAAAUUGUACAUUGUGCGGAGAGGAUAGCAAGGUUGUUGCCAGGUGUCGCUUUGUUAUCACUAUAAAAGAUGAAACAGUAGUAGUUGAAGCCAUGAUUACAGGUAUAGAAGCAGAGCAACUAUUGCCAUUUACAUGGGAAGAAAUGAGCAUAGCAGAGGCUGAGAACAAAAAAUUAUUCCUGAGAUUGUUGCCGUCUUUUACAAGAACCCAAUUACUUGUUUCGUCCGACAUUACGAGGCAACAUAUUCCAUCAUCACUGCUGACAGCACAAGAGGAAGAACAAGUCAGUCUUUCCCAGACCAUGCAAUCAGAAGAAAGUACCAGGGCAAAGAUUGUUAAUAAAGAUGCAACAAACCCAACUCAACAACACCAAUCCAGUCCAGCUAAGAAACUGAAAGACCAAGAC